GUAUAUUACUAAUUACUCUCCUCAACGUUCUUUCUCUUCAUAUAAACAGCAUUAGCUACUUAAUCCUGAUCUAAUUAUAAUCUAGUUUCGAAUUUCUUGCCCUCAUAAUCGUUCGUGUUCUUGAAAUACUUGUUUACUCGAUUAAUUUUUCUCGAAAAUGAAAGGGAGCUUGGCGGAAAACAAUCCUCUGCAUCUGAAAUCUCUGAACCACAUAUCACUGGUGUGCAAGUCAAUUGAAGAGUCCAUGGAUUUCUACAAAAAUGUUCUUGGUUUUGCUCCUGUGAGGAGACCUGGAUCAUUUGAUUUUAACGGAGCUUGGCUAUUCAGCUAUGGAAUAGGGAUACAUUUGUUACAAUCAGAAGAUCCGGAAAACAUGCCGAAGAAAGGAGAGAUCAAUCCCAAAGAUAAUCAUAUCUCUUUCCAGUGCGAGAGCAUGGGGGCGGUGGAGAAGAAGCUGAAAGAAAUGGGGAUCGAUUACGUGAGGCAACGCGUAGAAGAGGGAGGGAUAUAUGUGGAUCAGCUGUUCUUCCAUGAUCCCGAUGGAUUCAUGGUGGAGAUAUGCAAUUGCGAUAAUCUCCCGGUCGUUCCCAUCGCUGGCGAAAUGGCUCGAUCCUGCUCUCGUCUCAAUUUUCAGCAGCCACAGCAGAUCCCAGUGGUUCGUCUUUAGUGAGGCCAAUUACUAGUAUGCGCAGAGGAAUUAAGAUGCUUGAUUUUAUCUGAUGUUUAAUUAGGUGUUUUUUAAGUUUGAAUAAUUUAGCAGUCGCUUCUUGUUUGUGAUUGUUCAGUUUGUAGCUUGUGAGUAUUAAAUUUGUGAACUUGUUGCUACAAAUUGUAUAACUAAGACGUUUGAUUUUGUCUUGUU